AUACCGAAUUACAAUUGAAAUUCAAUCACAAUCUUAAUCCCUACGUGUAUUCGAUAAUACCAAAUAUAGACAAAUUCGGUACGAUAUUCGAUAUAUCUCAAAUACCCGUACGAAACUUCCAGCCCUAGCAAAACAUACGCACCUAGAUUUGGUCUACUUAUUAGAGUUGGAUAAUGGACAUCUAAUAAUCCAGCUCAUUGAAUCCUACUCAUAGUAAAUAGAUAACAAAACAAGAUUUAAUAUACAAGCUAACAAGAAUGUCAUCGUUGUUAUGGUCUCAUUUGCUCGACCUAUAUUAUUAUAUUUGUGUACAUAUAAAAAAAAAAACACUACACCAUGGAAUCAUCAACCCACCUCUCAAUAAUUAGUGAUUAUUGGCAUAGUCCUUUUUUUUUCUUUUUCAUUUUUCCACGUGUUGCUCAGAACUCUGUAGCAGCUUUCUCCCUCAACCAUUUUUUGUUUUUAUUUUUCUUCCUCACUUUCCCCAUUGCUUAAAGCUACAAAAACAAUCGAUAAAAAACACCAUAAACACGAUAAAGCGCACCGUUUCACUUUAUAAUGUCCCUCACUACGACAUCGUUUCAUCUUCUCUUGUUCCUUUCCCCGCGAAUAGUUUUCUCUCUCUCUUCUCCUUUCCCCUUUUCUCUUUUCUUAUAAAGCGUGUCCCUCAUCCUCCCUGGCACCGCGCCACCGCCCACUCCGCUUAACCUCAACCACCCUCCACCCUCUCACCGCCAAAUGCCAAUGCCGCCUUCAAUUCCGCCGGCAGCCUCACCACCGCCGGUGAAAUCCCCCCCGCCAGUGCUGGAGUGGUGACUGAAACAACAGUGAGAAGCUUCAUUCACAAUUUCACAUACACAAACGCAGAGAGAUAGAGAGAGAGAGUUGUUAAAAAAUGGCGCAGAGCUUCAAGCUGAAGGUGCUAACUCUGAUCACGAAGCUCUCCGACCGGGACACCUACGGCAGCGCCACCGAGCAGCUGGAAUCGAUCGCCGCCGCGCUCGACGGCGCCACACUCCCGACUUUCCUCUCCUGCAUCCUCUCCACCGACUCCGCCGACAAGGCAUUGGUGCGGAAGCAGUGCCUCCGCCUCUUAUCCCUCCUCUCCCUCCUCCACGCCAACUCACUCGCCUCCUUCCUCCCCAAGAUCCUCGCCUACGUCACCCGCCGCCUCCGCGACCUCGACUCCUCCAUCCGCUCCGAGUGCGUCGCCGCCGUCUCCUCCCUCUCCGCCAAGGUCACAAAGCAGCCGUUCUCCUCCGCCUUUUUGAAGCCGCUCAGCGAGGCCGUGUUCACGGAGCAGGAUUUGAACGCGCAGGUCGGAUCCGCUCUCUGUUUGGCUGCAGCGAUCGAUUCGGCGGCGGAUCCGGACCCCGGCCGGCUCGGUAGAGCGCUGGUCCCGAGGCUAGAGAGGCUGGUGAAGAGCGACGCGUACAAGGCGAAGAGCGCCGGUUUGGUCGUUCUCGGGAGUGUGAUUGGAGUGGGAGGAGUCAGGGGGUACAACGGGAUAAACGGCCUCGUGAAAUGCUUGACCGGAUUUCUCAGCAAUCAGGAUUGGGCCGCCAGAAAGGCUGCGGCGGAGGCGCUUGGUAGAUUGGCGAUUGCGGAAAGAGACGCCGUCGCCGAGUUCAAGACGGAUUGCUUGAAAGUUUUCGAGGCACGGAGAUUCGACAAGGUUAAAGCAGCUAGGGAAGUAAUGAACCAGAUGAUUGAAGCGUGGAAACAGGUUCCAGAUGUAUCUGAUGAAGCUUCGCCUCCUCCUCGAUCCCAGGCUUCUUCUAGAGAUGAUGCAACUGAUGGGCACACCCCACCUCAUGGAUCAAGAACAAGAGGAGUUUUAACUGCUAGAUCAACUCCUCCUCCUAUAAGGAAAAGAGCUCCAUUGAAGAGUGGUGACAAGAGCAAGAGUCCUGCUAUGAAGAAACCCUUGGAAACUUCUGCAGUCUCCAACAGCUCUUUCACUGGACACGAUGAUGCUGGUGUGAAGCACAGGAUUGAUGAUGAACCCCACAAUAAGUUGAUGAGACCAGGCACAAGGAGAGCUUUGUUCGGUAAGAAUUCAGACGACAAGACAGUGAUGGACAGUAGUGCGAACUCGACAGUUGUUAGUCAAUCCGUUGAGAAUCACCACCAUCACGGGAAUCACAAAGAAUGUGAGGACUUGACUUUGAUCCGCAGCCAGCUUCUCCAGAUCGAAAAGCAGCAGUCCAGUCUGCUCGAUCUCCUCCAGAGGUUCAUUGGGAGUUCCCAAAACGGAAUGCAGGCACUGGAGUCCCGAGUGCAAGGGCUGGAGUUCUCACUGGACGAGAUCUCUUACGACCUGGCUGUAUCCACUGGGAGGAUGUCCAACAACGCCCAUGGAGGUGCCUCCUGCUGCAGAAUACCCGGUGCAGAUUUCUUCAGCUCCAAGUUAUGGCGGAAAGCAGAUGCCCACAAUCCGACUCCCCGGUUCUCUACAUCAAGAGGCAUCUCGUCAUUGGCCGGCAUGCGCCCCACGGCAGGUGGUAGGAAAAGCAGCGCUGAGACCUUCAACCUGGACGACUGCAGGCUCCGCCUUCAGCAUGGUGGCCGCCGUGGAUUAAUUGUGAAUCCCCUUGCAGAGAUUCACGACUCUCGUCGGGGUCUCGCUGCUGCUGGGCAACAGUAAUAGUUCACUGGAUCCAGCAGGUAAUGAAGUAAAUUGGUUUCAACCAUGUUCAUUAUUCUUCUUCUUCUUCUUCUUCACGUUAGAGGAAAGAGGAUGUGUUUGUUCACGUUAGCUUCUAGUCCAAUAUCUCUCUGCAACGUGAUGCUGCCCCAAUUCUCCAUGACUGACUCCUAAUUCACUACUCGACCUGUGGCAGUUGCAGGCUCGCUCUGUCUAUCUUUUUGGCAGAUGCAGCGUCACAGCUGGAUGAGUUUGAUUAAUGGACGAUAGAAGUUUUGCUGGGUUUGCAGAUGAAAGAUUAGUUUCUAUUUCCGUUCCAUGUGGCGAAAGAGGACCAGCAGCCAAAGCCGGUUCUCGAAAGGGUCGCCAUGUUUUGGCGUUUUGUUAGUAAAGAAAUUUCUUGGCAUUUGCUGCACACGCACGAGGGUUGCGGGGUUUCCCUAACCAAGAGAGUGCAGACUGCAUAGCUUGGCGUGUUAUUAUUUGUAUAGAGAUAGCCGCAGCAGCAGUAACAAUGAAUGUCUGUUCUUAUUUUGGCGUGUUCUUCAUCGGUGUUUCCACUGACUGGUUGGUUUCAUGGUUGAUCAUUUGUUACUCAUUUUCUGUAUGUACCUUCUUUUCUUCAGCUAGAGUUCUUCGGGAAAUUUAUCAUUUUCAGAACACGAAUCUGUAUUCAAUAUGGAGCUUGAUAUCAGACUGAUCCCAGAUACAGAUUUGGCUCAAUUUAGAUAUUGUGCUCACAGGUCACCUGCGAGAACAUUGCUCAUAGCACCUCACGUCCGGAUCACUUAGCGGACACUCCGCAACCGCCUGAUAAAAUGCCAGCAGGUCCAUCCGACGGCUGUGCUCUCGACCUGACUGGCACGAGAUUUUGUAAGCACGUAUUCACAGACACCUUGUGAGCAACAUAGUCGAAUAGGAUUUGGCUGACUUAAGUGUCUACUACUAACUCAGCUACAUAAUGGCAGAAUUCUCGACAGUAUAGCGGUAACAUAAUAACUUUCCUCUUCUUUUCACAUCAUUCCAGCGACCAGCAGCAACAUGGCUCAAUACGUACGUUUAGUCGACAACGAUCAAUCGAUCAUUCAUGCCACGGUAAGUGGGUAGGUAAAACACUAAAAGCGGAAGAGCUCAAAACCUAGUUUGUGUGACGUGGCAGCAGUGAGAUUCACAAAGGGGCUAACGUAAAGAACUCUCAACUCCAAAGUCGCAACUCAUUGCACUGAGAAAAUGAUCAAUAAAGUCUAAACCAUAUA